UGUGAAAGUUAUAACACAGAGUAGCCUCUAAAAAAAUUUUGUCUUUUGAAUUGUAUUUUCCAGAAAAUGAAUUCGACUGUGGAUCUUUAUUCCCCGUGUGCACGACAGAAAACAGCUCCCAGGAGCACGUUUGCCACGUGGACCGUCCAAAUGAAAGAAUCCCCCUCCAGAGUUCUGCACAGCAUCAGGACUUCUACCUGCUCCAAACGCACGAUCCCAGCGCGAACGCGUCAUCCACUGUCGCGAUGCCGGAAACGGGAGGAAACCGAGACGCAGACGUGGGAGCGGACGAUCCUGACGCCGUGGCCUCUCCCUCUAUGAAUGUGUUCCCGGUUAUGGAGGAGAGCUUGUCUGAAGGUGCCUUCACGUCGCCACAACCACCUAAGAGCUUUAAAGAGUUCGUAGGCUGCAACUCUGACCUGGGCAGAGCCGUGGUACCGGCGGCCGUCCUCGCGGGCUACACUGGAAGUGGCCCCAUUCAGCUGUGGCAGUUCCUCCUGGAGCUGCUGACCGACCGCAGCUGCCAGUCGUGCAUAAGCUGGACGGGAGACGGCUGGGAGUUCAAGCUGACGGACCCCGACGAGGUGGCGCUGCUGUGGGGUCUGCGGAAGAACAAGCCCAGGAUGAACUACGAGAAGCUGAGCCGCGGGCUGCGCUACUACUACGACAAGAACAUCAUACGGAAGACGGCCGGCAAGCGCUACGUCUACCGCUUCGUCUGCAACCUGCAAGGCCUGCUGGGAUACGAGCCCGGCGAGCUGCACGCGCUGCUGGACGCCGGUGGCCAGAGUCAGUGACGGCCCGACGAACGCCUUGAUCCAGAUGUGAAUAGAACCUAUUUAUGAAUGCAGACACGUGCCUUGGUUAAUGACAAACCAUGUAAAAGAAAGUUCACAAGAAUGAGACGAAAGUCUUUUUGUGGUUCAGACAAUGACAGAAUUAAAAAACACAAAUGAAUUGAUUAGAGCUGAGGGGUGAACACGUGAGCGUGACCAUGAUUCCACUCGAGGAGUGGGACGUCACACGCGGAGCAGCUCCCGCUGAGCUGGAGGUAAAUCUGUGCCAGCAGGGAUCCAGUGGGAGACGGGUUCUGCCAGGGGGGGUUAACGGAGGCCAGCUGGUGGUUGGACCGGUGGAAGCUGCUUCGGGCUCCUCCCUCCAUCCUUUGGGUCAGUAAAGUACCGCACCUUGUACUAGUCGACCACGACAGCCAGCGGUUCCGUGCACCACGUGGCCGGCGGAUGAGGACGGGCUGCGCGUGGGCGGACGAACCAGGUCCUGCUGAGGACGGAGCAGCUCAUCCGAACAUUUCUGGGCCCGUGUGAGAAUUGCUUAAUGAUUUAUUGGCUUCUGUCUCAGCAGGAAUUCGUUCUCCUCCGCUGGUUUGGAGAAUGCCCCUGCGGGAUGGAUUGUCCCCACGUAAACGUGCAUGUGUGCAUUGUGGCGGUAGAGACACAGACUAGACAGGAUUGUGACUUUGUCUGACAAUAGGCCUCAACACAUGGAUGUGAUUGUUUUGUUCCAGUAGCUCUAAACCAGGUAAAUGGCCGUUGUGUAAAACCAUACAGUUGUAUUAUUACUACUGGUCUUUUACAUUGUAAAGUGCCUUGAGGUUGUUGUCAUUUGUUUUACUUAA